AUGAAUAGGCCUAUAGUCGAUGGUACAUAUGUCUACUCUGAUGACCGUGACGCGUCUGCAGCAAUUCGCACAUUUUCUCGUCCAGCAUUUACUUCUUGUGGCUUCUACUCUCACAGAAUUGAAGGCACGUGGUCAUUUGCGAUACGACAAAUCAGAGGUGACGCUGAGCUUGUUGCCAUCCAGGAUCUUCUCCAAAUCAGCGUUUGA